CCUCCUCCCAGGUGGCAUCUGUCCCAGGGAGCCCAGUCCACUGAACAAGCCAUUUAGUGAUGGAACGACCUCCCUUUCUGAUAAUUGCCAUAUCGAGGACUUUAGAAGGCAGCCACUGCAUAGUGCCAUCAUCUGCAAUUGGGGUAGUGUCGCUGGGAGCCUGGGACUGAAAUUGCAUCUCUAACCUUCUUCUUCAAAAAGAGACACAUGGAAGACGGGAUGCAACUUGGAGUGGGGAGGUAACUUCAACUUGUAUGCAACAGCGCCGAUCUUGGAGUCGAUCUGAAACGGCCCAUAGUACCGUGGUGAAAGCUUGUGUGCAGAAUGCUUCACCAACGAUUUCUGGCAGUAUGGAUGCAAUUUCAGGCCAUGUUGGAUCUGAGGAGGUGGAGGAGGUCGUCUCUGUUCUGGAGUACGACGUCGACAGCAUGGACGGCGGUAGAGCUCGGCGUAUACAUGGACACCGUGGGCGGUGGUUUGCCGUAAAGUGCUUGGUACGAUGUCAUGUUGAUGGCGGAGUGGAAGGUGGUGUUAUACCACCACUCAGCCCAGCGAAGAAGAGAAGCCCAAGAAUUCGGCUUGUCUGCGAUGAAACACCGGAGAUAGUGUUCGAGGCAGCGUUUAACGACCUCAGUCUGACCAUCUGACUGGGGGUGGUAGGCUGAGCUAUGGCACAGCUUGGUUCCUUGCAAUUUGAAGAAUGCGUCCCAGAAUUUGCUGAUGAAGAUGGGAUCUCAAUCACUGGUAAUGGAGCGAGGCAUCCCAUUAAGGCGAAAGAUUUCCUUCACAAAAAUGUCAGCAAUAUCAAUCGCUGUGUAUGGGUGAGUGACAGCAAGAAAAUGACUAGACUUCGACAAUCGAUCAACAACAACUAAGAUGGAGUUUUUGCCACUGGAAGUGGGUAACCCUUCAAUGAAGUCAAGUGAAAUAUCAACCCAGACAUUGUCCGGAAUGGGAAGCGGCUGCAGCAAACCGGGAGGGUUAAUGGCCUCGUAGUUCUAUCUCUGGCACUGAUCGCAAGCUGCCACGAAGCGCUUAACGUCCUUUCGCAUCCCCGGCCAAGCGAAACUCCUAGCCAAUCUGAUGUAAGUUCGCAGAUAGCCCGAGUGCCCAGCUUGAAGGGAAGAAUGAAAUUCAUCCAACACCUUGCAGCGCUAAUCAGAGGUAACUGGAACAAAGAUUUUGCCUUUGUAAAGGAGUCGACCUUGUCGUAAUUCAAAGUGUUUCUUGGUUGGACGGUUGUUGUGCAGUGAGGUGAUGAUGUCGUUGGCCAUAGGAUCAGUUUGACAAGCACGGUCAAUGGAUGCAAGACUGUCAAAGAUGGGAGAGGACACGUUCUGGAUGCUACAUAGCUCAAGUUGUCUGGAUAAUGUAUCCGCUGCUGUAUUCAUAAACCCAGGGCGAUAUUGAAUUUUGUAAUUGUAGCCCAUGAGUUUGUAGAGCCAUUUGUGUUGGGAUGGUGUAGAAAUCCUCUUAUCUAAUAUGUGUUUGAGAGUUUGGUGAUC